CCCAGUCCGCUCAUGAUAAAAGAGUGGGUAGAUCAACUGCAGCAGGAGCUGGUGUCUCUAGCUGACUCUGCCAGUGCUGGAAAUACUCUAAGACAGACCUUUAUGGAUAAUCAGAAUUAUUUCACUGUGGAGACAAACAAUGCGGCACAGCUUGUGGAAACGGCGGCACGGAAUAUAGAGAAUUUUUUGAAGAAGCGAGCCACAGCUCUAGAGACUUUGGCAACUGCUGCAGAGAAUUUUCAAAUGGAGCAUCAAUGGAAAGAUGAGUUUGAAGAGGAUGAUAUAGUUUACUUUAAUGCCAAGGAUAAUCUGGAAUCCAAUGAAACAGAAGGACGGAAAAACCGGAUCAGACCUGAAUUUAAAGAAGACCCGUCAUUCAAAAACCGCCUCACUUCCUACAACCACACGGCUGUGCAUAUCCCCACAGAUAUAUAUGACGGCUCUACCAUUGUGUUGAAUGAGUUAAAUUGGACAGAGGCAUUGGAGGACGUCUUUAAGAAGAACAGAGAAGAGGAUCCGACACUACUGUGGCAAGUGUUUGGCAGCGCGACUGGAUUAGCUCGCUAUUACCCAGCUUCCCCUUGGAUGGAUGCCAGAAAAACCCCCAGUAAAAUCGACCUGUACGAUGUGCGCCGGCGACCUUGGUAUGUUCAAGGUGCUGCUUCGCCCAAGGACAUGCUGAUUCUUGUGGAUGCGAGUGGAAGUGUUUCUGGACUGACCCUUAAACUCAUUCGGACGUCUGUCAGUGAAAUGCUUGAGACUCUUUCUGAUGAUGAUUAUGUCAAUGUUGUCCAUUUCAACACAAAAGUGAACAACACUGCAUGUUUCGACCACCUGGUCCAAGCUAACGUUCGCAAUAAGAAGAUCUUGAAAGAUGCUGUGCAGAACAUUAUGGCCAAGGGCAUCACCAACUACACCAAAGGCUUUGAGUUUGCAUUCGAACAGCUCUCAAAUACAAACAACUCCAGAGCAAACUGCAACAAGAUCAUAAUGCUGUUUACUGAUGGAGGAGAGGAGAGAGCAGAGGAGAUCUUCAAAAGAUACAAUAUUGACAAGAAGGUGCGUGUGUUCACAUUCUCUGUGGGUCAACACAACUAUGACACAGGGCCAAUAAAGUGGAUGGCUUGUGCUAAUAAAGGAUAUUUCUAUGAAAUUCCUUCCAUUGGAGCCAUUCGUAUAAACACACAGGAAUAUCUCGAUGUUUUGGGCCGACCGAUGGUCCUUGCAGAUGCUAAACAGGUGCAAUGGACCAAUGUGUAUCUGGAUGCCCUGGAGCUGGGCCUGGUCAUCACCGGGACGCUGCCAGUGUUCAACAAGACCAAAGAUGGCGGAUCUCAGAACCAGAACCAGUUGAUUUUAGGAGUGAUGGGGGUGGACGUGUCUCUUGAUGAUAUCAAAAGAUUGACGCCUCGCUUCACCAUUGGUCCUAAUGGAUAUUAUUUUGCAAUUGAUCCUAACGGUUACGUGCUGCUCCAUCCAAACCUCCAACCAAAGAAAAGGAUUCUGAACCGUCGCCACAGACUAAAUAACAAGUUUGCUAUUACAUUCCCUGAGGAACCUGUUACACUGGACUUUCUGGAUGCUGAACUGGAAAAUGAUAUUAAAGUCCAGAUCCGGACUUUAAUGAUUGACAGAGACCCUGGGGAGAAAACAAUAGAAACACUUGUGAAAUCUCAGGAUGAGAGAUACAUCGACCGAGGGAUCAGAACGUAUACCUGGGCGCCCGUUAACGGAACAGACUACAGCCUGGCUUUGGUCUUGCCUGAAUACAAUCUGCAUUACAUCGAGGCAAACCUGGGGAACACUAUAAAACAAGCCAUGUCACAAUGGGGCAAGAAAGCCUUUGACACCAUUCAGGUGGAGAAAUUUGAAGAAUAUGGAUACACCUUUAUUGCACCCAGGGAAUACUGUAAGGACCUGAAAGUCUCAACCAACAACACUCAGUUUCUGAUGGACUUCAACGAGUACAUUGACAGAAAUACACCCAAUGAUCCGCUGUGUGAGUGCUGUAAUGUCACUCUUGUAAACCGGCUGCUGCUGGACGCGGGUCUCACGGCUGAUCUCGUCAAAACCUGGAAGGAGCAGAGUGUAGAUGGAGUUUCAGCCCGUUUUGUGGCUACAGAUGGCGGCAUUACACGUGUGUAUCCUAAAAGUGCUGGGGAAGAAUGGGGUGAGAAUUCUGAGACGUAUGAUUCCAGUUUUUACAAAAGGAGUCUGGACAAUGACAUAUACAUCUUCACUGCCCCAUAUGUCAACAAGAGCAGAGAGUCUGGUUAUGAGUCUGGUAUACUGGUCAGUAAAGCAGUAUAUUUGAACAUUAAUGGAGCAAAACUCAAACCUGCUGUGGUGGGAGUCAAACUCAAUGUUUCGGCUUGGAUGAACAGCUUCAUAAAUGCCACCACAAAGAAACACUGUAAGGACGAGAUCUGCGGGUGUCUCAGGAAUGAUAAGCAAGUGGAUUGUGUGAUUCUGGAUGAUGGCGGGUUUCUGCUCAUGUCCAAUCAGGACGAGUAUAUCACACAGAUCGGUCAGUUCUUUGGUGAAGUGGACCCUGUUCUGAUGAUCUCUCUGGUCAACACAUCACUCUUCUCCUUCAACAAAACCUACGACUUCCAGUCAGUCUGCGACCCUGAGAGAGAAACUAAAGCUGCAGCUGGACUGCGAUCUGUCUACGUGCCAACAAUAGCAGACAUGCUAACUGUAGGCUGGUGGGCCUCCACUGCCGUCUGGUCAAUUUUGCAGCAGCUUCUCCUCAGUUUGACUCUCCCAAACGUCAUAGGAACAGCAUACUCUGAAGAUGACCUCUUGGACGCAUUCUCUAAAGAGAGCUGCAUCACCGAACAGACUCAGUAUUUCUUUGAGAAUGACAACAAGUCUUUCUCUGGAGCGAUGGACUGUGGAAACUGCUCCAGAAUGUACCGGGCAGAGAAGCUCCCAAACACGAAUUUGGUAUUUUUAAUCUCUGAUGCUAAAACUUCUUGCCUCUCAUGCGAUCCCAAACCUCUAAGACAGGCGGAGCAACCCUCCAAUGGUCCCGACCCAUGUGUGCUGGCCCAGAAUCCUCGGUACAGGAAAGGUCCAGAUGUCUGCUUCGAUAACAAUGCUGAUGAUGGUCCUUUGUGUCCAAUCAGUGGCUCCUCUGCUUUGACCUCUUGCCCGCCGAUCAUUCUGCUGUUUUUUAUGCUUGUGUUUGAUGGUAUCUGGAACACUCAUGCUCGAUUGGGGUCGGCCUGUGGUGCGUUGGCGACCCAGACCAAUGUCUCCACCUCCAUCGUAGGGCAUCAGUACUGGAAAUGCCCAGGUUCCCCGGAGCUCCUGUAG